AUGGAUCUUUCUCAGCUUGUGUUCCCCAGAUGGCUGCUGAUUAUGGACAACCAUAUCAUGGGGCUCGCUGCGACACUUCUGGGAGGCAGCCCAGUCUUGCUGCAAUUUGUCGGUUGGCUCGUCAUCUGGAUGACGUCAUCGAUCGCAACGCUUCCGGCCUCUAUACCCAGCUUCUUCUCGUUCCGCAUGAAGAUUCGGCAUCACCAGCUUAUCCUGGAUCAAAUGGCAGACUUCGACGUGAGGGCGGCAAAGUGUUCUGAGCCCUCGGACAGGGAUGCCAUCGAACGACAACUGCAGGAGGUGUUUCGUGAGCAGGACUUGCCCGGGGCGUCUUUCGGUCUCGGUUCUAAUGCCGUGGAUGAAGGGGAGGUGAAAGUUCAGCGGUUUGAGAGCUACCAGGCCACCGGUGAUCCGCUGGACCGCUUCAAUGCCUACGUUCGAGGUGUCCUUCGCGACAUUGUCAUGAUGCAGAUCGGCGAUGAAAUCUACGUACCAUGGCCGCUGUGUCUGACUACCAGCCUGCCUAUGAUCUUGUAUUCCUCAGUGAACGUGCUGGGCUGCGACAACGGCUCUUGUGAGGAAUCUGCGCGUGUGGCAGGUGCUUCCUCGAUGCUUCAAUACAUGCUGGCCAAUGUGAUCGGCUGGACGCUCAACAUUCUGCUGACAUUCCCACUGACCUAUCCGGUCAUGCUGCGGAUGCUGAAGUGUGUUCUGUCCUUCGGCGACGGUCCGGUGCAGCGCUGUGCAGCUUUCUUGUGUUGCUUUCUGGCUUAUGAGUACACGUACAUAUGUGGCGGCUUGAUCUGGGGCUCAUGGAUUCCUGCUGUGCAGGACCCCUCGCCAACUCAGCUCACAGUUUUCCUUUUGGUGAUCGCUUUCUUGGUCAUCCAGUGCAUUUGUUUGUUUUACAGGUGGGAGAGUCAAGGUCAGAAACACCAGUCAUCAUGUCGCUGUGUCCAACGACAAGUCGCGACGUAUCAGCCCGUGGAAGCCGCAAGUGGCUUACCGUCGGCCUUCCUCACGGAAGCCGAUGGCAGUAGUCACCAAAUGCUUAGCAUGGAGAGGACGGACUGGUCCACCGUGCAGCCGCCUCUGGUGCUCUUCGUGUACAUGCUGCAGAGGACCUGCAGUCGAAGCAGAAUUCUGUGGUUCGUUGGGUAUCUCCUGAAGUUUGGCCGCAAAGAGCCCAACCUUACGACAUUCAAUUUCGAGCUUGUGCAAGCCUUCUUUUUCCUCGGUUAUGUCGAGCUGCUUUGCACCCCCAUAGGGGAUGAGGGCACGCCGAGUGAGGAGCAGCAAGCCGAUGCCGAGGCUGCCAUCAGCGCUGCUGAGCAGUCGGUGCGCGAUGUCGAGGAAGCCUUGACGUUCGCAAGGGGUCGGCAAGGGGGCGUGGCCUCGAACCCUGAGGCGGAGGAGGCGCUGCUGCAGCUGGAGGUUCGCAUCCAAAACUGUCGAGGCCGCCUCUUUGAUGUUCGAUGCAAUUCGCCUCUGGUGGCCAAGUCCGAGGCGCCUCCCGUCGCGAAGCGCCGCCGCACGUAA